AUCGAAAUCCUCUAUUUGGUAAAGUAGUAGUAGAUGUGGUUUGCUUAUUAAUUAAAGAUGAACUAUUUUCAUCAGAUGAUUCAGUAGAAGAUGAAUUUUCAUCUGAUAAAGAUUAUUUCAUAGAAGAUUUUAGCGAAGAAUCCAAAAAAAGUUCCAAUAGAGAGUCCAAUGAACAAUCAAAUGAAACUUCCAAUGAAUACUCUAACGAAACUUCUAACGAAACUUCUAACAAAAUUUCUAACAGCGGUCCAACGGCGGUCUAG